GUUCCACCUUAAACAGAGACUAGGGCGGACGCAGGGGUAAAGAGAGAAUUCUUCCUUAAACUGAAGCUGUCCCUAAACCGCCAGUUAUCCCUCACAGGCUCCGCCCACGGGUUGGGUUGUGUCUGGAUUAGUUUGAGGUGAAGCCGUAGCUGUUGUCACCCGUUGGGUGAGUAGCCGGUUCUUGUGCCUCUCAAAUCGCGACCUGCUGGCACUCUGCCACGCAACAGGCGUCCUGGUAUCAGAACCGUUGGACAGGGUGCGCCCGAACCACUCCGGGGCUUUUACGUGCCUGCUGUGUUUCCAGGAUUUUACCCACUCUUUUGCCAGUGUUGUACCUAGUAAGAUGUGUACCUUGUUUACUCUUGGGGCCCCGACACGCUGGCAGGAGAAAUCUGGAAGGAGAUUGGAGUAGCAAGUGGCAACAUCUUUGAGUUGGAUUGGAAAGGUACAACACAGAAUUCAAAGUAAAAUAAAGGAACUAAAGGACAUCAGUCAGCUGCAACCGAGUCAGAGAACAGAAAAGUGUUAAAAGAAGUGUGCAGAGCUUUAUCCAAAAAUGGCUAAUAACUCUACAGACCACCAUCCUGCUAACUCUGUAAAUGAGGGCGGCUAUGAAGGAGAUUUUGGUUGCAGUGUUAUGGAUUUACGGGAGCUUAUGGAACUACGCUGUGCAGAGGCUGUCGGCAGUAUCAGGGAUACUUUUGGAGGGGUACACAACAUCUGUCGCAGGCUAAAGACAUCACCAGUAGAAGGUUUGUCAGGGAACCCCUCAGACCUUGAGAGAAGGAGACAAGUAUUUGGUAAAAACUUCAUCCCUCCAAAAAAAGCCAAAACUUUCUUGCAGCUGGUGUGGGAAGCACUGCAGGACGUUACCUUAAUUAUCCUGGAAAUUGCAGCCAUAAUAUCUCUGGGUCUUUCUUUCUACCACCCACCAGGAGGAGAUAAUGAAUUAUGUGGUGAAGUUGCCGCAGGAGUGGAGGAUGAAGGUGAGGCUCAAGCUGGAUGGAUUGAAGGAGCAGCCAUCUUGUUCUCGGUCAUCAUAGUUGUUCUUGUAACAGCCUUCAAUGACUGGAGCAAAGAGAAGCAAUUUCGGGGCCUACAGAGUCGAAUUGAGCAGGAGCAGAAAUUCACUGUUAUCCGUAAAGGGCAGGUUAUCCAGAUCCCUGUAGCAGAGCUAGUGGUGGGUGAUAUCGCACAGAUUAAGUAUGGUGACCUCCUUCCUGCUGAUGGGAUAUUGAUUCAAGGCAAUGAUUUAAAAAUUGAUGAAAGCUCUCUAACUGGGGAGAGCGAUCAGGUGAAAAAAUCAUUAGAGAAGGACCCCAUGCUUUUGUCUGGAACGCAUGUAAUGGAAGGAUCUGGACGUAUUGUAGUCACAGCAGUAGGUGUCAACUCUCAAACUGGCAUAAUAUUCACCUUGCUAGGUGCUAACGAGGGAGGUGAAGACGAGAAGAAAUCCAAAAAAGGUAAAAAAACAGGACCCUCAGAAAAUCGCAACAAAGCCAAAGCUCAGGAUGGGGUUGCACUGGAGAUCCAACCACUGAAAAGUGAAGAUGGUGUAGAGAGUGAAGAGAAAGAGAAAAAGGUUGUAAAAGUGCCAAAGAAAGAGAAGUCUGUCCUUCAAGGGAAGCUAACCCGUCUGGCAGUGCAAAUUGGAAAAGCAGGUCUCAUUAUGUCGGCUAUCACAGUGAUCAUCUUGGUGCUCUAUUUUGUCAUUUAUACAUUUGGAGUUUUAGGCCGCCCAUGGUUGGCGGAAUGCACUCCUAUCUACAUCCAGUACUUUGUCAAAUUUUUCAUUAUUGGUGUCACUGUGUUGGUGGUGGCUGUCCCUGAGGGAUUGCCUCUUGCUGUGACAAUAUCUUUGGCCUACUCUGUAAAGAAAAUGAUGAAAGACAAUAAUCUUGUACGUCACCUGGAUGCCUGUGAAACUAUGGGCAAUGCAACCGCAAUAUGCUCUGAUAAAACUGGAACUCUCACUAUGAACCGAAUGACUGUAGUACAGGCAUUUGUGGGUGGCACUCAUUAUAGGCAGAUUCCUGAUCCGGAGGCACUGAACACAAAAACUCUUGAGCUUAUAGUCAAUGGGAUUUCAGUCAACUCUGCAUACACCUCCAAGAUCCUGCCCCCUGAAAAGGAAGGAGGUCUCCCCAGGCAGGUGGGUAACAAGACGGAAUGUGCACUACUGGGAUUUGUUUUGGACCUGAAACAAGAUUAUCAGGCAGUACGAAAUGAAAUUCCUGAAGAGAACCUCUACAAAGUUUAUACAUUCAACUCAGUGCGAAAAUCUAUGAGCACAGUGCUGAGUGAACCUUCUGGAAAAUUCCACAUGUACAGCAAAGGGGCAUCUGAAAUCAUUCUGCGCAAGUGUACCCGAAUCCUGGACCAAGGAGGAGAUGUAUGCCCAUUUAAAUCAAAGGACCGGGAUGAGAUGGUAAAGAAAGUAAUAGAGCCUAUGGCAUGUGAUGGCUUGCGCACAAUCUGUCUGGCAUAUCGUGAAUUCCCUGCAGAUAGAGUGCCUGAUUGGGACAAUGAGGCAGAAGUCCUCUCUGACCUGAUUUGCAUUGCUGUGGUAGGAAUAGAAGAUCCUGUUCGACCAGAGGUGCCUGAAGCUAUUCUAAAGUGCCAGCGAGCAGGUAUCACAGUGCGCAUGGUUACAGGUGACAAUAUAAACACAGCUCGUGCAAUAGCUACAAAGUGUGGUAUCCUGCAGCCAGGAGAAGACUUCUUGUGCUUGGAAGGAAAAGAAUUCAACACAUUGAUCCGAAAUGAAAAGGGAGAGGUAGAACAGGACAAAUUGGACAAGGUUUGGCCAAGACUUCGUGUUUUGGCUCGGUCAUCACCUACUGAUAAGCACACACUGGUGAAAGGCAUCAUUGACAGCACAGUAUUAGAGCGAAGACAAGUGGUGGCUGUGACUGGAGAUGGAACAAACGAUGGACCUGCCCUAAAGAAAGCAGAUGUGGGCUUUGCUAUGGGCAUAGCUGGCACAGACGUGGCAAAGGAGGCUUCUGAUAUUAUCUUGACAGACGACAAUUUCACCAGCAUUGUAAAGGCUGUUAUGUGGGGCCGCAAUGUAUACGACAGUAUUUCAAAAUUCCUGCAGUUCCAGCUCACAGUUAAUGUUGUGGCAGUAAUUGUGGCAUUUACAGGAGCCUGCAUCACCCAGGAUUCGCCACUGAAAGCUGUGCAGAUGCUCUGGGUCAACCUUAUCAUGGACACAUUUGCAUCUUUAGCUUUGGCAACUGAACCUCCCACUGAUUCGUUACUUCUACGCAAACCAUAUGGGCGCAACAAACCCCUGAUCUCGCGCACCAUGAUGAAGAACAUAUUGGGACAUGCUGUUUAUCAGCUUACCAUCAUAUUCACUUUGCUUUUUGCAGGUGAAAAGUUUUUUGACAUUGACAGUGGUAGAAAUGCCCCCCUUCAUUCUCCACCUUCUGAACACUAUACAAUUGUCUUCAACACCUUUGUCAUGAUGCAGCUUUUUAAUGAGAUCAAUGCCCGCAAAAUCCAUGGCGAACGUAAUGUCUUUGAGAACAUCUACCGGAACCCCAUCUUUUGUGCAGUUGUGUUGGGCACUUUUGGAGCUCAGAUAAUAAUUGUGGAGUUUGGAGGAAAGCCAUUCAGUUGUUCUGGCCUUACUUUGUCACACUGGUUCUGGUGUAUCUUCAUUGGGGUUGGAGAGCUGCUGUGGGGACAGCUAAUUUGCACAGUACCCACCAGCAGACUCAAGUUCCUGAAGGAGGCUGGCCAUGGGCCAUUGAAAGAGGACAUUCAGAAGGAAGAACUUACAGAGGACCGGGAUGAGAUUGAUCAUGCAGAAAUGGAGCUUAGGAGAGGCCAGAUUUUGUGGUUCAGAGGCUUAAACCGAAUACAGACUCAGAUGGACGUAGUUUAUACAUUCCAGACGGGAGGUACCUCUUUACAAGGGGCUCUGAGGCGCCAGCCUUCCACCAUUAGCCAGCACCUUGAUGCUAAACAUGCCUCUAGCCCAACACACAUUAAAGUGGUGAAUGCGUUCCGAAGCUCCCUCUACGAGGGGCUAGAGAAGCCACAGAUCCGCAGUGCCAUCCAUAGCUUCAUGACCCAUCCAGAGUUCACUCCACGGGAGGCAGGACCUGCCACCGAUUUCGAAGACAGCAACAGCGACAGUGACAGCGAGGGUGAGGAAUCUAAGGGUGUCUCAAACAGGCACAAAGAUCAGACACACAAUCACAACAAUAAUUCUUCUGUUGACCCACAUGCAUUGGAUAUCACAGUGUCUCCAUCUGAAAGCUCACUUCACAGCAUGGAAACCUCCAUCUGAUGCCAAUGUUAAAUGAUAUUCCUGAAGAAGGGCAUCACCCCUCCUUCCUCAGCUGUCCUGUUUUUUUCCUACUCCCUCCAAUCUUAUUCCAACAAUCGCCACUUCAUUAAACACAUAAAAAUUCACUUUUACAAAAUACACUUAAUAAACCCACUGACAAAUAAACUCAUUAAAAAUGAACAAUUACAGAGUAAUGCAAACUAUUCAUAAAGCCAUAAGCACAUAGUUUCCAUGAAUGACACUUUUUAGAUCCAUACUAUUAUAGCUGUAACAUCCUUUACUGUGUAUUUGUCCAUAUACCUAUUGACACAAUUCUGUGUGUAGCAAUAUGAUAUGAUAAUUUUACCGCCACAGAUAAUGGUCAUCCAAAGAUCAAAUCUCAGUCUGUAUACAGCCAUAAGCAGAGUAGAGCUGUUCAUUCAUUAAAGGCAUGGUCAAAGUCUCUGCCAAUUAAAACACUACGUUAAAUACACAGCCAUAAAUGCAUUCACAAAAAUAUAUUGCAAUUCUCACUUAAUGUCUUAAUCACACAUUUACAUGCUGCAUAUAUAUAAACGCAAAAUAUGUCCCUUUCUGCGCUACAUAAAUAUUUUCAUCAUAUAGUAAGGUUUUUAUCAUAAGCAAAGAUGCUUGUUAUUAUGGUAAAAAAUGCAGGGAAUAUGUUCUCUGUCCCUUUUACCUCAACCUGUUCCCCUUGUCUUCUGUGUUUGCAUGUUUAAGAACAGAAUUUCACUUACCAACUAUUUUAAACUCUAUGAUCUGCUUGUUCAUCCAAAACCAACAACCCCCAUGCCUCAUCUUCUGCCUCCCAACAUCUACAAGUGCCACCACGAAGGGAAUGGUUUUAUUAACCAAAGUGUGCCACCCCUACUGCUUCACCCAGGCGCCUAUGCCUGCUGAACUUGUCUUCCACCUGUAAGACUACUUCUUCAGCUGAGCUGUGAACUUGUGGAGCUAUACAAAUGCCGGAUUUCUCCUAAUACCAAGGAAUAAAAGCUGUGCCAUUUUGAUAGCCUGCUGGCAUCUCUGCCUUUUGGAAGCUGUUGUUCACUGACAUUGGAGAAAGGACAUUAGAAAGGGAGGGGGGCAUAUGUGUGUUUACUGAAUGGAGGGCUACAAUGCCAUAUUAAAUGCAUGUAUGAAGAAUUAUAUAUAUAUUAUAUUAUAUAUGUAUGGGAUCUGUUAUCCUACAGAAAAGGUACUUAUGUAAUUUUGAUCAUCAUUCCUCAAGUCUACUAAAAAAAAUAGCAAUUAAAAAAACAAAUAUAAUUGUUUUCCAGCCAGCAUGCUUUUAUUUGCUUACUAUCAAGUUAUUAUCUUAUUAUUACUGAGAAAACAGAAUUCAGUUAAUAUUUUAUUACUGUGCUUAAAAUGGAUGCUAUUGAAGAAGGCCUGUCCAGAUUUGAGAGCUUUCUGGAUAAUAGGUUUCCAUAUAAUAGAUCCCAUACCUGUAAGUUAAUAUAUAUAAUAGUUUAUAAUCACUGAUUUUGAAAGAGGGCUAAUGAAUAUGAGAUUUUUUUCAUGUUUGGGUGGGAGUACUGUAUUGCGUUUUUUUGUCCUUAAUUAGCCUAUUCUUGGAAGCAUUGGUAGGUCAAAUUGUUGUGCUAUUUUUUCUGUUUACACUCUUUUCAGUAAUAGUUAGGGCAGAUGAAACCGUUAAAUCACACCUUUGCUUUCUAGUCUUCUUAAUUUUCAACUAUUGAGCUUAUUGUACAUACCAUGUGUUUGUACUUUGCACAGAACAUAGCAUACAACUUUUUUAGAGCUAUACAGAGCUCUUCAUAUUAGCAUGAAUUUGUAAGUUGAAAUAUUUUUCUUCUUUAUUUGGCUUCCAAAAGCAAUUUGUUUUUUUAGAUUGCAGAUAGCUUGUCAUGCUAGUGGCUGGUACUACUGCUACUGUGUUUUUGCUUAGCCAUGUAUAAAGCUUGGUUUCAACAAACAGUUGUGGUGGUGGCCCUUGGAGUUUAUGGUUGGUGCCUUUUUACUAUCCCAGCACACCUAUUUUUAAGUGUUCCUUAAUACAGGGGCCAAAAAGUGCUGCCGCUUUCAGUUAUCUUGAUCCAGAAGGAGCUUAACCCACUAAGUACUCAUGCUAGUGGCCAUACCGUUGUUUCCAGAGGCAAAAUUCAUCUCCAAAAAAGAAAUUUAAAUUAAAGUUGCUCUCAAAAAUAUUUUAGAUGCAAAAAUUGAGCACAAGCUGUUUUUAAAUAUAAAGAAACUUGCCUGUGGUUUUUUAAAGAUAUAUAUAAUUGUGUAGAUUUCACUAGGCUGUUUAGUGUUAAAUAGGAGGAGUAAUUUUACAAGCCACGCCCUAUGCAACAUAUUUAUCAUUCCAGGCUUUAACUUAAUGUUAGUGUCUUUGUUUGCUCACAGAAUACAACAAAGUUCAUUGUUAGAUGGUGCAGAAAAUUUGGACAUUUGGGUCUUAUAAGUUUUUAGUAAUUUGGAUUUACUAAUACAAAUUUCAAAUACAAUUUGAUCAUAUUUAUUGCAGCAAGAGAAUUAACCGGUGCAGUUUCCUAUAAAAUUUGCAAUGUAAAGGCAAAAUACUGCUUUAGGCAUUAAGGGGGAGUUUCAGAUAACCUUUAAAGCAAAUCAUUGCAGAAGUUGCUUAAUUGCAUUUAAUAUUUUAAGUGAAGGUGACAUAUUUAAAUGAUUUUGGCAAGAAUAACAGAUGUCCUUUGCCCUUUUGUUUUUUUUUUAAUAUUUAAGCUUUUGGCAUAACACCAGCUGUAUCAUGAAUGCUGAGUUGCUCAUGACAAUCAUCCUGGCAAUAUAUUUUUUCGAUUUCACACACCUGACAGCUCUAUGCUAAUAUAGGAGGAGUCACAACAAAAUAUUCUAUGCGGAGUGCUCACCCAAACAAAGAAGCCAGGCUAAAAAUAUUGUGUUGGUUGGGAUUGAAAAAUAAAUGUGUCUCCCUAACUCCCACACUGUUUUUUUACAAAUUCUAACAGGACUGUGUGCUUCAACAAACAGUAUACAGUCCUACAGGCUUCAGAAUAGAGCCAGCAGAGAGGAGCUGAGCGCAGGUAAAAUCAGCCAGGUAAUGGGCCCAGUCAAAACAGCUUGGGGAGCACUCUGCUGUGAGUCUGUGUUUGACCUGUACAAGUAAACAUAUGAAUGUCAUAUAAGGCCUGCCUGCAGUAUAUGCUUUAACCUUGCAGAUUUUGUUUAAUUUAAGAUUUAAAUCUGUUUCAUUCUGGUGUUGCAUAAACAAUUGCUUUUGAGGGGAGUUCAAAAGAAUAAUAUAAUUUUGUGAAGUUAUUUGAUUUUUGAUAUGCUUAAAUGCUUGAAACACUUUUAUUCUAAAUGUCAAACAACAUCUAGAGAGUGCUUUUAAAUUGACUUAGGCAAACAAGAGUUAGUCUUACAUAUAUGUGCCAUGUUCAUCCAGAAGUAUGUUGUGAUCUCCUGUGCAUUUUACUUGCCUUAUAAUAAUGCACAUGGAGUAAUUCUGACGAAGCUUUGUGUAUUGUAUAGAAUCACCAACAACCCGCCCCUCAGUCUUUCAACAUUCCAAUGCCAAGCCUUCCAACAGAAAUAACCUGGCAUUUGGAAGAGUAAGGGUAGGGGCACAUGUGGCAGAUGAUUUGGUUUUUGCAGCCUGCAUUUUGCACACAGGAUGAGAAAAGCAGAUCCACUCCCAUCCACAGCUCUAUUUAACUCCACAGACAGGUACUGGGUCAGCCUGUGUGCAGCUGCACUAAGCGUACUUCAUCCUGAAAUACGUGAAUGCAUACUUUCUCAGGCCAAAAUCCACUAGGUGAAGCCACACAGAGCUGUGGGUGGGUGUGGAUCUGCUUUUCUCAGCCUGCGUACAAAACUCAGGCUAAGAAAAUUGGAUUAUGUGCUCCAACCCAACAUUAUGUUCAAUUAAUAGUGCUGCUGCUGAACAUACUUUUUACGAUUUUUUAGGAAGGAAAAAAUAGCUUAAAUGUAUGUUUAGCACAAGCCCUAUUCACUGGAUUUAUUUUGAAGAAAGGGUGGACUGCCUCUUUAAGGGUUUUGCCAUACACAAGAGAUUUGUGUUGUGUUGCCUGCAGUGCCAUAUACCUAAAAACAAGAUUAAAAUUAAUAUGUAAUUGAUUGUAGUGGUAUCAGUAUGGAUUACAUUUACAUUCAGUUAGAAGUAUUGUAGUCUAUCAAAAAUAACAAAAUAUAUCAAAAGAUAACAGGAGGCGGGGCUGUACACUUAUAUCCCCUCACAUGUACUGUUUUGCGUUUAUAUUCAAUAUUUAGGAUGCAAGAUAGUCUAUAAAAUUGUGAUCUAUGAUUCGUACAUUAAAGCCGAAUGGCUGCUAAUACUGGUUCAGUGGUAUAAAAUCCCAAGCAAAUAUUGAACCUUCCAUGUGAAACUGACUAUAUUAGCUUAUUUAUAAUGUGUGAGUCAUGUUAGUAGCCCAAAAAACGUGUUUUUUUUCUUGAUUCUGUCACAAAGGCUAACAUAUUUGAUGCAGCAUUGGUGGAUCAAAUCAGAUAUACCUGUUUCAGUGGAGAUAAAAAUAAUGGAUUUCCAAAAUUUUGCUAAAACUGUAAACCGCAUUACCCAGUAUAAAAUCCUUAAAAUUUCAGAGCCAUUGGCACGCAUUUUAUAGUGUGGCUGUGUCUGUUAUCAUUACCUAUACCAUAAAUUACCUUAAAUAUAGACAUUCAUCAUUAUCCAUAAGCCUGUAUACUGUCAUCUUUUCCCUAGAGAGAGCAUGCCUUAUUAAACUUGGGUUUCAAACUUGUCUCUGCUUAACUGGUAAAAUAAGCACUGUUAUUUUUGUAUAAAGUGCAAAAAUUACAUUUCUGUUGUGCAUGAUAUUAAAGAAAUGGUGGUUUUAUUUUUA